AUGGUUCUCUAUAAGGUCAAGGUGGCCACGGGGUCCUUCCUGAAGGCCGGGACCAUGGACUCCAUCUCGGUCACGCUGGUGGGCACCUGUGGCGAGAGUCCCAAGCAUCUGCUGGACCACAUUGGCAAGGACUUCGCCCCUGGUGCCGUGGACGGAUACAAGGUGCCCUGCGAAGCCGACCUGGGGGAGCUCCUCCUUCUCCGCCUUCACAAGGAACGCUACUGCUUCUUCCCCCAAGACAGCUGGUACUGUAGCUACAUCACUGUCACGGCCCCCGAUGGCCAGCGGUACCGAUUCCCCUGCUACCAGUGGAUCGAGGGCUACCGCAGCCUGGAACUCCGCCAGGGCGCGGGGAGGACUGUCUGUCAUGACACCCUCGCCCUCCUCCUGGAACACCGGAAACAGGAGUUACGAGCCAGACAGAGAUCUUACCGCUGGAAGAUCUACGCUCCGGGCUUCCCGCGGUGUCUGGAUGUCCGCAACUUUGAGGAAAUGGAGUCUAGCAGCAACUACUCCCUGACGAAGAUGACCCCUGGUGCGCAGGAGACGCCGCCGGGGAACAGCAACUCCCUCCCUGGCUUCCCCAUGAAGGUCGACGUCCACUCUCUGAUGCACAUGGAUGCCAACAUCCGCUAUUCUGUCACCAAAACCACCUCCCUGCUCCUCAACGCCAUCCCUGCGUCCCUGGGCAUGAAGCUAAGGGGGCUACUGGACCGAAAGGGGUCGUGGAAGAAGCUGGACGAUGUGCGGAAAAUCUUCCUGUGCCACAAGACUAGCACGUCAGAGUUUGUGGCGGAGCACUGGCGGGAGGACUGGUUCUUUGGGUACCAGUACCUCAAUGGGGUGAACCCUGUGAUGCUGCGGAGGUGCUGCCGGCUCCCCGAGAAUUUCCCCGUCACCUCGGACAUGGUGGCCCCGGUGCUGGGGCCCGGGCGCCGCCUGCAUGAAGAGAUGGAGGGGGGCCGGGUGUUCCUGGCGGAUUACCAGAUCCUGGAGGAGGCCCCGGUCAACUGGCUCAAUGGCGUCUGCCAACACGUGGCCGCCCCUCUGUGCUUGCUGUGGCUCAGCCCCUCGGGCAACUUGUUGCCCCUCGCUAUCCAGCUCAGCCAGACCCCCGGGCCGGACAGCCCCAUCUUCCUGCCCAGCGACUCCGAGUGGGACUGGCUCACGGCCAAGACGUGGGUGCGCAACUCGGAGUUUCUCAUCCACGAAAACAACACCCACUUCUUGUGCACCCACCUGCUGGCCGAGGCCUUCUCCCUCGCCACCCUGCGCCAUCUUCCCCUCUGCCACCCGCUCUACAAGCUCCUGAUUCCGCACACCCGCUACACCCUUCAGGUCAACACCAUCGCCCGGGCUACCCUCCUCAACCCGGAGGGGCUAGUGGAUAAGACGACGUCCAUUGGAAGAGCGGGCCUUCUGUAUCUGAUGAGGACAGGCCUCCAGAGACUGCGCUACUCCACCCUCUGCCUCCCAGACAGUCUCCAGGAACGCGGUGUUCUCUCCCUCCCCAACUACUAUUACCGGGACGAUGGCAUGAAGAUCUGGGAAGCCAUAGAAUGCUUCGUCUCCAACAUUGUCUCCUACUACUAUCCCAGUGACACCUCGGUUCAGCGGGACUCUGAGCUGCAGGCCUGGGUGUGGGAAAUCUUCACUCAGGCCUUCCUGGGCCGGGAGAGCUCAGGUUUCCCCUCCUGCCUCAACACCCCCAAAGAGCUCAUUAAAUUCCUCACUAUGAUUAUCUUCAACUGUUCAGUUCAGCAUGCAGCCGUCAACAGUGGCCAGCACGACUUCGGGGCCUGGAUGCCCAAUGCCCCUUCCUCCAUGAGGCAGCCCCCUCCUUGUGUCAAGGGCACCACGACUCUUCAGAGCUACUUGGACACGCUACCUGAGGUGAACAUCACGUGUAACACGCUUCUGCUCUUCUGGCUGGUCAGCCAAGAGCCGAAGGAUCAGAGACACCUGGGCCACUACCCGGACCAGCACUUCACGGAAGAGUGUCCGGGACGCAGCGUCGCGGCUUUCCAGCAGCGGCUGGCGGAGAUUUCCCAGGAGAUCCGUGUCCGGAACAAGACUUUGGCUCUGCCCUACGCCUACCUCGAUCCGCCCCUCAUUGAGAACAGCGUUUCCAUAUAGCAUCAGCCCACCCCGGCCCCCUCCC